GAGGAGGCGUAUUGUUGGUAGGGAACACAGGCACUCAGAAAAAGGCGAAGGUUCUGUGCAGAGCUCAGCUCCCCUCCCGCCCAACUACAGGACUGGAUUUUUUUUGUGUGGGGGCAACUAGCAAAAAGUGGCUUGUUCAUUGAGGUGGGAACCAACGGCGGUCGGUCAUGAUGGAUUGUGCCGUCAAUGCACAAAGCUUGAUCACAAUCUCUCUCCGCAAAAUCCACAAUUCGAGAACUCAGAGAGGAGGUAUCAAGCUUCACAAGAACCUCCUGGUCUCCUAUGUGCUCCGAAACGCCAGGCAAGUCUACAUGAGCGAGAAGUACGCCGAGAUCUACGGCAUGCACCAAUACGAGGAGGUGCACGACAUACUAGACAUCUCGGGAGAGGUCCAAGGCAGUCACCCGCUCGAAGUGGUGGAAGAGAUGGUGGAGGGAAACGGCGGCCAAGAGGGGAGCGUCUGCAGCCCGCUAGACCACCAGCCCGGCCACCUGGACACUCAACUCAGUAAGGACGCCGAGCCUGAGCACCCUCUGUACCGGCUCUCUUGCUCGGCUUCCUACCCCGGCACGAACUAUGAGCCGUCGGGAGGUGGUAGCGUUGGUGGGACCCACUGUACCAAGACCACGGUGCUGGAUCUGGACACUCACACGGUCACCACGGUGGACAACGGCUACCUCCAGGAUUGCGCCUGUUGUUGCGCCAGCAGCAGCGGUACCGGCGGCAGGAAGCGCAAGUCGGACUCGAGCAAUAGCUUUUACCCGAACGAAGCCGAGGACUUUUCGCCGGUUAAGCGGGUCAGGUUCGAAGACUACUCGGGCUCCGGCCAAACCUUGGACUGCACAGACCCUUCCAACAUCUCCAAUCUCAUCUCUAUCUUCGGCUCGGGCUUCUCCGGCUUGGUGAGCCGGGCGGACUCGGAGCAAUUGCUUCAGACAGAAGUCAAACAGAACGGGCAAUUGUGCAGCAAACAGGCGCUCGCCAGUUUGGGGGCAUGGACUAGAGCGAUCGUGGCUUUCUGAGAGCCACUCGCUUUCUCAGUGUGUGCGUGUUUGUGCUGUGUUUAUUAUUUUUAUUGUAACAGAACGAACAAAUCUGGACCUCAUUUCCAACGGGAGGCAAAUGUGUUAUUUUGUUUUGGAGGAACAGAAUUGAGUCAGCAACUUAAAACAGUCAGUCGUUUACAAUUUAAGACUUGGAGGUCAGCAGCGCACCGACCCCUCCCCCGGAAAUUGAAUGAUUGACUUGCUUAAAUCUUUGAUGGGGUUGGGGAGGUAGAAUAACGUAAUUCUGAUGGGGUUAAAUGAAAAGCUACAAAUUUGAGUCCACUUUUUUCCCAACCGGUGCUGAAUUGGUGUUGCUUUAAGAGGAGCGCUGUCCCUUUAAAUGGUGUCAGACUCCCUGACGCCAGGGAUCGCCGCCGUUGGGUUGAAUGGGGGCGGGGGGAAACUGGCAGUGUCACGUGAUUCAGCCCUGCGCUUUUAAAGGAGAAAUGCACCGAUUCUCCACAAUGCGGAAUUAAAUUGAUCUUGUGGCGCAACUUUUUCUUAAAUCACUUCCUUUUUUAAAGUCUGCAGACUUCUAAAUGUUUCCUAAAUUUUAUAAGUUUCUCAUUUUAGAUAACAAAACACUUUAAUGGCAGUAACUUUACUCCUUUUUGGAGAGGUGGGACCCAUCGACCUGCUAUUGUUUUAAACGCUGGCUUUCCUGCAUUGGGAGCACUUUUUAAGCAAUGUAACUAAAAUUCUUUUCAUUCCGCGUCUUUUAGCGAUUGCAAAACUUCAACCAAUUCUAAUUUGGAGAGAGAGAUUUGCCCUUAGUUGAAACUUUAACGCGCGCAAUAUGAAUCGCGAACAAUUUAUCAAACAUGAAUCUCAAUUCGUCCAAAGUAUCCUUAAAGUGCAUAAGUGAAAGACUUGUAAUGUUGAUUCUCCUGUGCAUUUUACCACGAAUUUUAAACACAGAGCACCGAAACAGUGCAGUAAUUUUUGUUUUAAAGUCGAUAUAAUCCCAUGUAUCAUGGAAAAGGAAGAGCGACCCAUCUGAAUCGCGAGUUAACACUGAUCUCCAUAAUGUUUAAAAAUUGAAUUAUUUCCUAGACAUUUCCACUCCCAAAUUAAACUUUCAUCCCGUCCUAGUCGGGUGCAGUAAUCAUUGAAACAGCGAGAAGUGACUGACGUGGGUUAAAAUGUUACUUCAGUCUUGAUUUCAAACGAGCAUUAGUUCGGAUCAGGGUUGCAAUUUUUAUUUUACGUCCUGUAAAUAGACCCGUUUUUCCCUUUGAUUAACUGGUUCCAAAAGCUUUACAACGUUUUGUUUUGUCGUCGAGCAGAUGUUCAACACACCAAACCUUUAACGUGAGCGUGCAGUUAAAUGGUGAGGCUGUUAACCGUAAGUGUUUCCAUUUUGUGAAUCGGUAAUCUGAACGAAAUGUUACCCGAUGCAAAUUUUCUUGCCAAAAUGUGUUUGGCGAAGCCUUUUGUUGUAAAAAGGUGUUGAGGAUCAAGGUUUUUAAUAAAGCGUUUAUAGCGUGUAACUGACCAGUUUUAAUUUGAGAGGCUUCAUCUGUCAACAUAUCAUCUCUUCUGUGUUUGUAUCUGUAUUUUUGUGCUUUUAAUAAACAGUAUAUCAUCA